AUGCGCCACCACCCAGUCUUUGGCCAUCUGGAAGUUGUCGGAAAGCUCAUGUCGAAGAUCCCGUCUGAUGCACACGGCGAUUACAUGAUGGUCAUGAUCUUGGACAACUGGCGCGAGCUUUUCCCGGGCUGUGACCGUUGCCCACCUGUAGCCUAUGUGGACGCAUGGCCCUUCAGCCCGCCCAUGGCCAUCAGUCUGCAUCCGGAUGUGUCGGCUCAGUUUACCCAGCAGUUCAACCUGGACAAGCCACCUGAGCAGAACGCUUUCCUCUACCCGCUGACCAAGAAUCUGGACCUGUCAUCGAGCAACGGACCGGCUUGGAAGGUCCGCCGGAGACGCAUGAACCUCGCUCUGAGCCCGCAAACGGUCAUGGCUCGUGUGCCCGAUUUGCUCGAGGAGGUUGCAGUGUUUGUCAGUGUUCUGAGACAGAAGGCUAGUAAGGAUGGCAGCUGGGGCAAUGUGUUCCCCUUGCAGAGGCUCUGUACGCUUUUGACUUUAGACGUGAUUGGAAAGUACAUUUUAGACAUACGCAUGCACGAGCAGACCAGCCCCAUGACGCCUUUCUCCAAGAGCAUGAUUGAUACUCUUUCCAGACUACGAUUUUUCGUGACCAUCGCCAACGUUUUUGACGUCUACAACCCGUGGUGGCGGUACAAGAUGUGGUCCAAUACGCGUGCUAUGGACAACUUCCUCCUGCCGUUUAUCCAUCAGCGACUCGACGAUCGUGCCAGGCUCGAAGCUCAAGGCAAGGCAGAGGAUGCCAGCGGUCGACCACGGACGUUAGUUGAGAAUCUUGUCAAGUCGAUGGCCGAGGAUAAAGAGGACGAGAGCACAUUCAUCCCGUAUGCUUUGGGAGAGACGAAACACACAUUCUUUGCCGGGCAUGAGACGUCUGCGUUUACGAUUGCGUACGUGUACCUUAUCCUCUCUCAGAAGCCAGAGGUGCUCGCCCGCCUGCGCAAGGAGCUUGAUGAAGUAUUGGGUUCCGAUGCCGCUUCAGCUCUGCGCGCCUCGCCUCAUCUUCUUAACUCACUGGCCUACACAAACGCUGUCAUCAAAGAGACGAUGCGCAUCCACACCAACGUCGGCACUCUUCGCCAAGGAACCCCAAAUUUCAAUCUCUAUGGACCCCCGGGAUCCGGUUUCGAAGGCAUCUGCUUCCCCACCGAGGGUUGCGUCGUCUGGGACGGCAACUUUGCCAUCCACCGCCACCCUGACGUCUGGGAGCGGCCUCUUGAAUUCAUACCGGAGCGAUGGCUGACGACCGACGAAAACGACCCGCUCUAUCCUCCCAAGAAUGCCUGGCGGUCUUUCGUCCAGGGCGCCCGCAACUGUGUCGGGCAGCACCUGGCCAUGACCGAGAUCAAGAUGGUGCUGGCGAUGACGGUGCGAGAGUUUGAUAUCGAAUGCGCUUGGGAUGAGUGGGACGCUUUGAAAGGCCGAAAGGGCAAGACAGAGACUAUCUGGGGCGAACGGUGUUAUCAGAUCUCCAAAGAUGGCAUGCCUCAUGUCAAGGACGAUAUGCCGGUUCAUGUGCGUCUUCGUGAUCCGUCGCAGUAG